CACACAGCUCAUAUACCCACACACACUCAAACCCUCCUCCAGCCCCACCGACUCCACCAUGGCAGCCUCCACCCUGUCCAUCUGCUCCAGCGACCUGAGCUAUGACUGUCCAGAGAGCUGCUGCGAGCCCCCCUGCUGCGCCUCCAGCUGUUGCGCCCCGGCCCCCGGCCUGACCCUCCUCUGCGCCCCAGUGAGCUGCGAGUCCCGCCCCUGCUGCCAGGCAGCCUGCAGCAGCUCCUGCCCAGCCUCGUGCUGCCAGCAGUCUAGCUGCCAGCCCUCCAGCUGUACCUCCUCCCCCUGCCAGCAGGCCUGCUGUGAGCCUGUCUGCUGUGAGCCCGUCUGUUGCAGGCCUGUCUGCUGCAGGCCUGUCUGCUGUGAGGCCUCUCCCUGUUCUACCUCCUCAUGUUGCCAGCAGUCCAGCUGCCAGCCCUCCUGCUGCACCUCUUCCCCCUGCCAGCAGGCCUGCUGUGAGCCCGUCUGCUGUGAGCCCGUCUGCUGCAGGCCCGUCUGCUGCAGGCCCGUCUGCUGCAGGCCCGUGUGCUGUGAGGCCUCCCCUUGCUCAGCCCCCUCAUCCUGCUGCAGACCCUCCUCCUCCGUGUCCCUCCUCUGCCGCCCUGUGUGCCGCCCCGCCUGCUGCGUGCCCAUUUCCUCCUGCCAGUCCAGCUGCUGCCGCCCGGCCUCCUCUGUGUCCCUGCUCUGCCAGCCUGCAUGCUCCCGCCCAGCCUGCUAUGUCCCCAUCUCGGCCCCAGAGCCCUGCUGCUGACCUGGCACGUCACUUGAGGGCCAGCCAGCCUCAGGUCCCACCUGUGACUCGGUCCUCCCAGCCUCCCUCUGUCCUGACCUGGGCUGGGUGGCUGCCCUCACUCAAGACAGGGUCCCCAAUGUCUCCACUGUCCUGACUGACUGACCUCUCACUCCUGCUCCAGGAACCCCAACCUCACGGCUCCCAGGAAUCGCCUCCAGCUGUCUCUGGGUCAUUGCCCCCCUGCCCCUCCAGGUCCUCUGUCUGGGUCACUUGGCCUCGACUUCCAGCCUUGGGUGCAUCCCCUUGGGCACCAGGAUAAAUAAACUCAGUUCGUCACCUGACUUGCUCCCUUCCUCUCA